UUUUACUUUAGAAGUAGUGUGAAGUUUAUUCGCGACUGCUUGCUACCAAAGUGCACGUCACGAAUAAACCUGAUAUACCACAUACCGACGUGCGAUCUUAUGAGAGUUGGUUUACUCGUAGACAGUGCUCGAUAAAUAUUAUACUUUGGACUAGCACGACCUCGUCCUGUCAAGAUUUUAAUAAAUUAUGUGCCUUUUUCCGAGCAGCCAGAGUUUGUGUUGUGAAAUGACAUUGACAAGUGAGUGCGCGGGAAAAUUUGACGUGUAAAGUUUGUCCACGGGUUUGUCCUACGUAUUUCGCAUAGUUAGUUUCACAUUAUUGUGAUUUGCCGUGGAUUCUGUGGUGAAAGUAAAGCUAUGUGAUCGUGCAGUACCAGUUCGGUGACGUUGCCAGCAUUAUUGCAUGCCCUUGCAUGAUUGGCAACCCACCAUAACUCGCCAACUAUUCAAGUGUAUUUCCGCGCGGUAACUUUGAAGAUCUGAUCAACAGUUUUGUUGCAGUUAAACUCAACACACCAUCAUGGCAUUCACGAUGAAGGAAGGGGGGUUCGGGGUGGGGGACUACGUGGCAUUCGGGAUACUGUGCGCAGCCUCUUGCGCAGGCGGCAUCUGGUACAGCGCCAUGGGAUCCAGGAGUAAGGCGAUAGUGGACAUCAAGGACUACUUGUUAGGUGGGAAGGCCAUGUCCACAUUCCCAGUUGCGAUGUCACUUAUUGCAAGUUAUGUUUCUGGAGUGACAAUCCUGGGAACCCCCGCGGAGAUAUACAACUACGGCACCCAGUACUGGCUGGUCAUAGUGGGCGUGGCUCUCAGCUGUGUCGUCGUGGUGACGGUGUACCUGCCAGUAUUCUGCACUUUGAGGCUAUCGUCUUCGUAUGAGUACCUCGAGCUGCGAUUCAAUCGGCACGUCCGUGCUGUAGCUUCAAUACUUUUUCUAUUAGAUGAGGUACUAUUUCUUCCUAUGGUCGUGUAUGUUCCAGCAUUAGCAUUUAACCAAUUGACGGGACUCAAUGUAUUCGCCGUUGCAGGGAUCAUGGUCCUCAUUUGUGGACUGUACACAGUGUUAGGUGGUCUCCGAGCUGUGGUGUGGACGGACUCGGUUCAGACCGGGGUGAUGUUCAUAGGCGUGAUCCUGGUGGCCGCUGCGGGGACCCUGGCCGUUGGAGGGGUCAAGGCUGUGCUUAGUAUAGCCAGCGACUCUGGGAGGAUAGAACUUUCAAAUUGGAGCUUCUCCCCCUACGAGCGCCAGACAGGAUGGGGCGCGGUCUUGGGAGGGUUCUUGUACUGGACGUGCUUCAACUCCGUCAACCAGACGAUGGUGCAGCGAUACAUUUCCCUGCCCUCGAGGAGACAGGCUGUUGCUGCGAUUAGCAUAUUCUGCAUCGGAGCCAUACUGGCGAUCUCCCUAUGCGUGUGGUGCGGACUGGCCGCCUGGGCAGUAUGGGUGCAAGGCGGGUGCAGUCCUGGUGCAGCGCCUCUGGUGGACGACAGGCUACUGCCAGCCUUCGUGACCUAUAUCUCGAAGCAGCAGCACUUGCCUGGGCUAGCUGGCGUGUUCCUGGCUGGCGUCUUUGGAGCUGGGUUAAGCUCACUAUCAGCAGUACUAAACGCAUGCGCUUUGGUAGCCGUUGAGGAUAUCAUGCACGGCUGGCUGAGGAUACACCUCAAGCCUUUGACCGAGGGCAUCAUAGCACGUCUGGUGACGGGCCUGUUGGCCAUCAUCUCCAUUGUAAUGCUCGUCGUCAUUGCCAAACUGGGUGGUGUCCUUGGCGUAGCAACAGCUUUAUCAGCUAUCGCCGCGAGCGCUACCUGUGGUAUCUUCACGCUGGGUAUGAUGUGCUGGUGGGUGGGCCCCCGGGGGGCCAUCGCGGGGGGCAUCGCGGGGGCCGUCGUGGCUGGGACAGUAUCUCUGGGCACCCAGGCUGCAGCUGCCAAGGGCUUGAGGGCCCCUCCCUUGAAUCUGACUAUGGAGUGCGCGAAGAAUUCGUCGUUUGUCUUCGAGAAUGAUUUGGAUCCUGAGACGAUAUUCCCCCUAUUCCGUUUCUCGUACCACUGGAUAGCGCCGCUCGGUCUUCUGGCUACAGUGACAGUUGGCGCGUUAGUGGGCUGGUUCUUCGACAAAGACACUGACAUGAAGUUAGACCAGGAACUAUUCACGCCAAUAGUCUGGAAGAUACUGCCCAGGGAAGCCAGGGAAAGGGCAGGGGAGACUAGAAGGGCGCUAGCGCAAAAAGUCGAGUCUCCGAGGCCAUCUUCGCCGCUUAUCAUGGCGAGGAGUGCGGAUAAGAUUGAAAUGAACGGUCAGGCCAGUAGAUGAAAAUGGCAAUUUGACAAGGCGGUGAUGCUGAAAUUUAAGUAUUUAUUUCAUAACUAAUGAUAACAUUGAUAAAAUAAGCAAAAUGCUUCAACUUUUGGAGCUAAACGUAGUACAAUAAUGUACGAAACUAAUUAUUUUCUUUAUGCGAUGCGAUGUAUGUGAGAAUUAAGUACAUAUCGAUAUCGAUAUGUCGAUGGUUUUUUCCAUUUUCUGACUGUAUAUUCAGGACUGGGACCAAUCCAUUUAUAAUCCAUCAAUGUACUGGUGUUCAUUUGAUACCAAGUUAGUGAACUUUAAAGUGCCUAAAUUUUAUAGUUGUUGCAAUGUUUGUUGAGACAUUUACGAGAUCUUGUGAAUCUUUAUAUUAGAUUUUGUACAAAUGUUGUAAAUAUGUAUGUAUUUGUGUAUUAUAAUAUUGUUAAUAACUGUAGAUUUAUUUACGAAGUAGGUAAUAAACAUCAUGAAAUUAAGGACAUUAAUUAUUAAAGUUAGUGCGGUCUGCCAUCUAAAAUAAUUGUUUACAAAUUGAAUCUUGAAAAAUAUCCGUAUUAAAGAUUAGAUGAUUGCCUUAGAUGACUUAAGUAAAUUAUUAUCCAAUAUUUUGGCCAUCUUGUUAGAAAAAAAGCCUUUGGCUUUAGAAUUAGCUUCACUAUUUAUUCGAUAGAAAGUAAUUUAGUUUUUAGCAAUUUAAUUGGUAUUAGAUUUGUUAAGAUUGCUUUAGUUGUAGGUUUGCAGCAUUUUGAAUAUUAGUUAGUAGGAAAAGGAAUAGUAUUUUUCUAAAAUCUUUUGUCUCAGUAUUCUUGGUACUUAAAUAGUAAUAAAAUUGUAUUAAAUGCAACUAAAUUGAAUAUUUGAUAUCGGUGCUAGGUAAUAGGAUCGAAAUAUCUUAAUUUUGUACGUGAAAAGUUCGAAUAAUUUUGUUUAAAUGAUUAGUUCUUGACGCACAAUAUUAUAAUAGUUUGUAACAUUAGAAUUUUCACAAAAGCAGCCAUUCCUCAUACAUCAGCAUUUUAAUUUUUAAUUUAUAACAAUUAAAACAAUAUUGGGACUGCCUGAUAUUAUCUUGAAUAGUAAACAGCCUAAUUUAUUUCAGCUUUAUUUCAGUACUAUACUUCUUCUUUACAUUUUCUUAGACCCUUACUUACAUGCGUACAGAUGGUUCCGUAUACCUAUUAUACUUGCAAAUAAUAAAUAACUUGUUUGAAAAUUUCAUAUGUCUAAAUAACACUUUUAUUUUCGAGUAAUAGAUAAAAAUUAAAAAUUGAAUACUUUAAAAAAAGCUUUUAGGUUUUAUUUUAGAUCGCACGCAACUAAACCUCAAUUUUACUGACUUACUAAAACUAAAAAUGUGAUAACAUAGAAGAAAUCAAAUUGUGAUCUUGUUGAAAUAGCAGACGUAUAUGAAAAUGUGUAAAAUAUUGUGUAAUAUAAUAUGUAUUAUUUUUCUAAUGGUGAUACGUACGUAAGUAAUAAAACAUAUUUUUAGAAAUGGACUUGUUGACGUUGAAUUAUUGUAGAAAUUGUACAAUUUGUAUGAUAUAAUGUAUUAUGGAAUGUACUGUUUACAUUAACAAUUCGCAUAUUUUUGACA